UUCAAUUUUGGGUGCCCGAGAAUGUACGAUUGCCCGCGAACAUCUCACAACGGAGCAACCUGAAGUACAUUAAAACGAUGAUGGAUAACUUGGACGACCGACUGCGGGCUGACUUUUGCAACUCCUGCCUUGAGUUUCUUGCUGACGUUCCGGAGAUCCAGUUUUCCACUCAACUAAUCCAGGCACUUGUGUGCCGAGGGAUUUGUUGCGAUAAUUCUCACGAGUUGUGGCUCAACGUGCAGGCCACCUUACCCGGUUUGGAGUGAAGGAGUAUGCUAUCGUCACUGGACUGCAUGCUGGCUCGUUUCCAGAGGGCGAUCGAUACACAAAAGCAUUGGAGAAGAGGAGGCUGAAGGAAAAGUAUUUCGAAUCGUUGGAGAAGAUUUCAUGUGCCUAGUUGGAGAAGACCUUUGUCUGUGCGUUGACACCCAUGGUAGAUAGCUACAAGCUCGAGCUUGCUCUGAUUGUGGAAGGAGUUAUCACUACUCCGGACAAUAAUAUUGGCAUUGAUGAGGAUACGCUUUCCCUCGUCGAUGACUUGGAGUUGUUUUUUUCCUACUCCUGGGCCAAAGUGGGGUAUAGGCGUUUGUUGAAGGGAUUCCAGGGUACUUGGGCAUAUAAAAUGAGUGAUGCAAAGAUGAAGAACGAAAAGGACAUCAGUUACACAAUUCACGAAUUUUCGAUCGCCAUGCAGGUAAGAACAACAUUAAGUUUAUGUUUUUUAUUUGUAAGUAUUAGAAUAGUUCUCUACAUUCUUUGGAUGGAUACUUAUGCGACAAUUUUUUUGUUUUCGUCCGGACAAAUUUGGGCAUAUGAGGUCAUGCUUGAACUCGGCGAACGCUUCGAUCAGCAGGUGGGUGAACGAUCGCCCCGACUUCUAUACUGGACCUCUACCAAAUAACCACAAUAGCGUAUGUACGAUGCGUUCUUUAGGGACGUAAGCUGCACGUGCAUGCCACACUGCGUCCCACGGAGGCCGAGCAUGAUCUCCCAUACAUCGCCAGUUUGGUGCCAUUUCCCAAUCGUCCGGUGCAAUUUUUGGACGACCUCGCUAGGAGUGUUGUCGGGCCACAGUUCCAUCAGGCGGCACCGCCCAGUGGGAGACAUGACGGUAGCGCUGUGGGUGAUGGCCAUGACGAUGAGUCCGGUGCAGGGGCCGAGGACGAUGAGACAUCCGUUAGCGAUGAUCGUCAGACACUGGAGGGCAACGACAACGAUGGGUCUAAGGCUGAUGAGAGUGGAGACAGCAGUCGCGACACCUCCAGCGAGACUGGUGCUGGUGACACCGAGGACGACGAGGAUGCCUCGGGACGAUAGUCGGGUGCAUUACCCACUCCAAUGGGUGUUCCAUCCACAUCUGGGCUGCAGGCUACUCGUGGUGGAUCGACUGUGACGAGGGAGGACGUGGAGGGCAUGUUGUUAGACCAGAGCAUCCUGAUCGAGAUGAGGUUGCGGACCAUGAAGCUUGAAAUCAUUCAGCACGUGACCGAGGAGUUUGCCAGAUUGAAGGACUCCAUAUCUAGCUUAGUGUCCCCGUCCAAUGGCACCUCCACUUCCGCUGCAGUUCCUGUCGUGAAUGAGCCAAACAUUUGGGAUGACCCCCACGAAGAUGUACAUGAACAAGACAUGGACCUGUGGCCGGAUGACGGUGGCCGUCCUUCACCUACCAGGAACUUGGAGGUGAAUGACGGGGAAGGCAGCGACGAACAGAGCCCACAUGAGGACGACCAUGCAGAGGAGGCUGAAAUGCAGGAGGUGAAUGACGAGAAAGGUAGCGACGAAAGGAGCUCACAGGACGACGACCAUGCAGAUGAGGGUGAGGCGAACGACGGGAAAGGAGAAGAUGAACGGAGUCCACAAGAUGACGACCAUGGAGAGGAGGGUGACAUGCAAGAGGUAAACGACCCUGAAGUGACCGUCCCCACGCUCUCCAGGGAUGACAACGAGGAAGCCCCAUUGACCCAUGACGUCACGGAGGUGGAUAGCACUGCCACACAAUUGUCGGGACAAGUGACUGUACCAGAAAAGGGAGGCAAUGUAGGCAGCACAAACAGGCGGUGAUCGACUCGUGUUUGACGUCCUGCACCACCUACCUGGACUCCAUACACGAGGGGAAGGGCAAAAAGAGUAAAGAAAUAAGUCAGUUGAAGUAGUCCGGUAGGCAGCACAUUCAUUCGGAGGGCUGAUUUUUGAGUUGAUCGUGUACGUUCAUCGAGGUGUGAUGAUGAAUUUUUGCAGACUGGUGAAGACUAUAGACAAAAUGAAGGCUGAGGCUAAAAGAAAAGGUGUAGUGAUUAGCACCAAAAAACAGCCAAAGGGACCCAAACUUGGGUUCAUGCCUAAAGAUGCAACUGUGGAGACUAUUACUCCUAUUCCAUAUGAUGUGGUUAAUGAUCUCAAGGGGGGUUAUUAGAUUACUUCAAUUCCAUAUUGGGAUAUGGUUAAGUGGAAGGGACAUUGAGGCAGGACAUUUGUUUGUACUCUAAUUAAAUUGAUGUUCAU